GGCGACGCGAGGAGACCCACUUGCUUCUGCUGCUCUUCCCCCCGGAGGAGGGAGAGACCAGGAUGCUGCGCCAGCCGCCGUUUUGAACUAUGGAAGGAGUUCUGUUCAAGUGGACCAAUUAUAUCACGGGUUGGCAGCCUCGCUGGUUUGUUCUAGAUAAUGGGAUAUUGUCUUACUAUGAUUCGCAGGAUGACGUUUGCAAGGGCAGUAAAGGAAGCAUAAAGAUGGCAGUGUGUGAAAUCAAAGUUCAUCCAACAGACAGCACAAGAAUGGAGUUAAUAAUCCCCGGGGAACAGCAUUUCUACAUGAAAGCCGUCAAUGCGGCCGAACGGCAGAGGUGGCUGGUUGCGCUGGGAAGCUCGAAAGCUUGUUUGGCAGACUCCAGAACAAAGAAAGAAAAAGAAAUUAAUGAAACCAAUGAAUCUCUGAAAACCAAAAUGUCUGAACUUCGCCUCUACUGUGACCUCUUAAUGCAGCAAGUACAUACAAUACAAGAGUAUGUUCACCAUGAUGAGAGUCACUCAUCACCAAGCAUUGAGAAUAUGAAUGAAGCUUCAUCCUUGCUCAGUGCCACCUGCGACACCUUUAUCACGACACUGGAAGAAUGUGUGAAAAUAGCCAACGCCAAGUUUAAGCCGGAGAUGUUCCAGUUGCCUCACCCGGAUCCCCUCGUCUCUCCCGUGUCUCCUUCACCUGUACAAAUGAUGAAACGUUCUGUUAGCCACCCAGGUACUUAUAAUACAGAGAGGGGCAGUCACUCAACAAAAGAAUCGAACUCUUCAUCCCACCGAUUAUCACACCGUUGCCGAAGAACGUUGUCAGAUACAGAGCCUUUUAUAGAUACUCACCAUGAAGAUACAGACCGACAUCCCUACUGUCCCAGAGGUACUCUCAAUGGAGAUUUGCUUCCUCCAGCCAUUCCUGAAGGAACUUCAGCAGUGUCUAAGAAACAAUCCAGACUUGAAGAGACUCUUCCACCAACUUCCUGAGGAAAAGAGAAGGAUCAACUUUCUAUAAGUAAUGCUAUGCAAAAGCUGCUGUGAUUCUACUAUCGUAGGGAGUAGUUAGUUCCCCGUCUGAAGGAUUUCUCUGCACUUUAUAGAAUAAUGUAAAAAAAAAACAAAUUAAUUUUGAAGUGUAUUUUAUCUUUCUAUAGUUUAUUUGCAAGAGUAUUUUCCUAAA